GUCUGUGAGUCUUGCCUGGAUAUGACAAAUGGGAGCACUCCAGAAGAUGUAGUACCUAUUUCCAUAAGACAACAGUUGCUAUCAACAUGGAUAAAAGUAAAGCAGCUGCUUCAACAACAUAUUGGACAGAAGCUGGGAACAGACGAUGAGGAAAACAACGAGGGACAGAACCCAAUGACUAAAGUCCUCGUUGCCUUAGAAAUGCAUUCCUGCAAUGGGCUCAGACUGAUGGAAUUUACUGUCCCAAGCCUAGCUCAGGUGCUGAAAAUGACACUGGAUUGCAGUUGGUCGGAUCCCCUUGUGGAACUUCAGACAUUAACCAGGCUGGCACAUUUUGCAUAUAGUGCUCAAGACUUAGAAUUAGCAUUAUCCUGUACUCAGAAAGCUUUAGGAUUGGAUGACAAGACAAGAAAACAAGAAGUGUGCAGUUCUACGCUGGGAUGUGAGAUGUUAAGCAUUGCUGCCUGCAUCCAGGGCCAGAGCAUAAUGGAGAACUUGGCUGGAAAGAAACACUUGCGUCUCUCCGCCAUAAAAGCCUUUGAAAUAAGUGCAAGAUAUGGAGGUGAAGCGGGCAGUCCCUCUCUGACACUACAGGGAGCUAAACAUUUCUGGCAUGCUUGCUCUCCGCUGACAAAAUCUGCUAAAGAACGCGAAUCUCUUAAGGAUUCUGUUAUUUGUGUUAUAAAGGCCCUGAAUGAAGCUGAGACCAAACAGAAACAGGGGUCAGAGAACGAUACCACCGUAUUUCACCUGUGGCCUACGAUGGACAUUGAAAACCGUAAAGUGCAUGACCCUGGUAAUCCUAAAGACACCUCCAGUGAAUCAGAAGGGUAUAAUGAGGAGCUGAGCCUGAAAGCUGGACUGUAUGAGCUGCUUUUCAUAUUACAUGCAGAUAAGAGUGAGUGGGAAUUGGGUCUCAAAGUGCUGGAUGAAGCCAUCAACAUUCUGCCACGUACUAGACACAGACUUGUCAUCUUCAAACACCGAGUUCUUGUAAAGGCACGUUUAGGUCAUAACUUUUUCAUGGACAUCCAGAAGUUCAAGGAUGAAAGUGAAGACUAUGUGUCAUACAUUUGGCAUCAUGUUGCCAAAACCUGCAGAAGCAGCCGUGAGCAGUUAGCCUGCUAUAUGAAUGCAGUUGACGCUUUGAAGAAACCAGAAAAUGAUUGGCAGAAAGUAGAGUAUCUUCUGGAACUGGCAGAAUGGUUGUACUGCAAACAGUUUCCUCUAAGCCAUGCUAUGAACAUGCUUGACUGGGCAGUGGAUAUACUGCUUCAUAUGAAGUUCUCCAGUAAUGCAGAGGAAGGUAAAACUCAGAAAAUUAAAGCAAAGCCUAGAAAGAAAUCUUCCCAGAAUAAAGGGCCAGCAAGUGAACAAGUUCCAAGCCUUGAGGUCACCGAGACAGGAUCUGGAGAACAGCCCGGGAACCCUUGUAAUUCCCUGGAAGAUUUGAAGAGCAUUAAACAGCUAGAUGCCUUAGCGCGAGCUCACACUCUAAUAGCUGCUCUCAGCGGUCAGGGUUCACCUAAUCAUGAGCAGCACUCCCUGAUGGCAUAUGCAUAUAUAAUUCAUAUUUGGCAGGUGUCAUUGCCUGCAGCAGCUUUUUUCAUGAAAUCAUUACAAAAAAAUCCCCCCUCUGUUCAAAAUCCACAUUCUGCUUCAUCCCGUAGAGAGAAAGGAAAGAAAGAAACAAGUGAGCCUGUCACAAUCAAGGAGAAGCCUAAGCGUAAAGGACCGAUUGACGUUUUACCUUCAAAUGCAGAGGAGUGGGCUUUGUACGAUUGCCCUGAAGAACUUAGAGAUGCCUUUAAACAAGAUACAUCUUCCCAAGUCCUGAACAGAAGUACCAUUGUAAAACCAACGUACAGCCUCUACUACUUGGAUCUACUUGUGAAAGAAUUGCACAGCAUCUCGUAUACACACUUGACACUCCCUGUUCUCCAACUGGCAGAGGUUAUAGCACAUGACGUUGUGGAAAGUAAAAGUCUGUCAGAGCUCUACCAUCUAAAAAUUUCUCAAAUAUGUGGUGAUUUAAAACUUCACAAUGCCGCCAGUUAUCACCAAAGAACAGUCAGCAAUAUGUCCAUUAGUGAAUAUGAACUUAUAAGUUCUAGACAAGAAGCUGCAUUGUAUAAGGAGGAGAAACAAGAUGGUAGUAAUGAUCACACAACAGACCAGCCUCUAAGUGGCAAAAAAAAGCUGCUGAGCGUACGUGCAGAUGGGAAAGGAUUAAGUGGACUUUCUCUUCCGUAUCUGUGGCUGGAAAAGGCUGAUGUAUUGAUACAGCUUGGGCAUUUCCAAUCAGCUAGAAUCUUUCUAUCACAAGCCUAUAAGUCACUCCAGGACAUUGGCGACAAGCACUAUCAGCUAAAAUGCCUUUAUUUGUUAUCGGUGCUGGCAAACUGUGAGAAGAAUCAUGGACAGGCAAGGUCUUUGCUUCUGGAAGCCAAAGAUCUAGAGAGGGAUGCAAAGCUUCUGUAUGAAACAACGUGUUCAUUAACUGAGGCAGUUUUAGGUGAAGAAAAAGAAGGAAGAGAAAGAAAGGCCUGCCAAAUUUUUGAUGCGUCAAUGAAUGCUCUUAAAGCCAUGUUGCACAAAGAUAGAAACAGGGAGUCAGAAUAUGUACUUUUUGUAGCCAAACUGAAUGCAAGGAAAUUUUCAGUUCUUCUUAAAAAUGCUCAAGCUUUGAUUAUUAGUGGAACUUCGCCUUCUCAGAUUGUUGUGACGUUGCUUGAUAUGUGUGACAAAAUGAGUCAAAUAGAAGCUGAUCUCCUGCAUUAUGGUCACAAAGAGUACAGAGCAAAGUUUCUGAUGGAACACUCAACUAUCCUUAGGAUUCUUGCUAGCACAGUGGAAGAUGAAGAACGCAAACACAGUUACUAUUUGGAUGCAUACAUUAUGGCAGAGCAAGCAAUAAGCAUACUAGAGCAAACACAGUACACCAUUGAACAUACUUCCCGAGCUGAGGCAGGGGGUGUUUGUUUGCCCGUCCUGAGAAAACUUGCUAAAAAGAAGCUGUAUUUUGCUGAACUGUCACUGGAAAUAAUGCAGCUUGUCAUCAGUGAAAAAAGUAAAAAACUGCAGGAGGAAAAGAGCAAAGGAGCCCUUUGUGUCAUGGUGGAAGAAUUUGUCAGAGCAACUCCAGAUUAUAAUUCUGUUGAACAGGAGUGGAAAACGCUUGGUCGUACAAUAUCUUCUGCUGUGCUGUCUCAGUUGGCGAGUGCUUUGACAGUAGCAGGUGGUUGUAAUGAUCUGAAGGCACGGUGUUUGUAUCUAACAGGAAGAUGUCUCCUGCUGCAGUCUUUUACAAUCAACCCAUUGGAUGGAGACAUGUACUGGAAUGAACAUUAUUUGGAUGAAAGAAAAACUACCGGAAGCAUUGGAGAUAGUGACUCUGAGUGGCCUGAUGGCAAUACAAAGCCAACUAAUAAACAGCUAGAUCAGCUGGCAAAGAAAGCUGCGGCUUUUAAGACCAGACGAGCAUUGGCAGAGAUUUACCUUGCACAAUCCAAUGAGAUUUUACUUCAGUCCAUUAAUGCUGCAAUAAACAACAAGCUGAUGGACACAUUGUCAGCAGCCAGUCUGGAGAUCUGUUCAUGUUUUGGACAGUUUGACUCUCUAACAUCAAGCACCUUUCUGGCUCUUCAUCAGAGCUGUUCUUCCUGUAUGAUGAUUAAAGAUGUAGUGCGAACAGCAGCACGCAAUACUGGCAGCUCUCAGUUUGCAGCAUUACUAAACCUCCUGCAUUAUCUACAAGAGAAAGAAGAUGAAGGACCUCUGCGGAAACAGGUCGAGCAACAAAUGGCCACCUCCUCAAGGGUAUGGGGAAAUUUACAUGUCCCAGUGCAGCAUUUCAGUAUGUUUAGUGAGCUGCCACCAAACUUCAGUAUUAUUAUUCUGCAACAUUCAGAAGACAGAUCUUUCUUGUACGGAGCUCAACUUGAAAAACCAAAAGUUAUCUCAACACAGAAGGGAAAGUUAAACCAACAACAAAGAACCAUGCGAGCCAAAGUGGCCCGAUGUUCUAUGGAUCGUCAGAUGUUUUCCAGCUUGUUGGAGAAGAUGGAGCUGUUCAAACAAGAUACCAUGCAGAAUCUCCUCAAAAGGGAACAUCAACUGAGCUUCACAAGGCAGAAGAAUGCGUUUGAAAACAUUAACAAUCCAGCAAUGAAUGAAGACAUUAUUCCAGAAGAUGAGAGUGAGAAGAAAUGCAUUACACAGUUUCAAGAAAUAUUAGAAGCCUUGAACAUGUACCUGAGCCCUGUGCUGCACCAGCUUAAGGUCUCUCAGCCAAGACAGCCGUCUCCACCACUUUCAUCCACUGGGUCAGUGCGAGCAAAGUCCAGAGAGAAGGAGGAGAAACCGGCAUCAAUUUCUAGUGCCUCAGUAGAAGUGGGAGAUUGCAUUAUAGUAUUGGCAGACAGAUUCCUUCAGCAGAUGCCACUUGAAGCGCUGGCAGUUUUCAAGGAUGAUGCAGUAAACUCCGUGUCUAGAGACUUUUCUCUUCAAUUACUGUAUAACAGGAUUCACACAGAGCAGACAGAAGAAGGAGAGGGAAAGCGAGAGGUGAAGAGUGCUAAAGAAUCCAAACAGAAAAAGAAUAUAAAGACGGUGCCUAUCAAACGCGUUCUGCCAGCUAACUGCAUGCCUGUGGAAACCCAUCGUUUCAAGUAUAUCGUGGAUCCUUACAAUGAAAUACUGGAACCAGAAACGCUCAGCCCAGCCUACAGAAUAAAUGAGGUGCUUGCAAAGUACAGACAGCAAUUUACAGCUCAUUGGGAAGGAAUUAUAGGCAGUACACAUGUGCCCAGCCAUGCAGAGUGGGAAAAUCUCAUGACCAAUUGCAGUGCAUUCAUUUUCUAUGGCGCAGAGAAACUUCUGACUCAUGUAAUGCUGGAUAAAAUUCUUGCCAUGGAUUUUACAGACUGUCAGUUGAUGAUUUUGAUAGAUCAGGUGCGGACAAGUAAGAGCUUUUCAAGGCAAUCAACAAUCGACGUACAAAAGAGUAAAAGUCAGUUCUUACUGGAAAGACCGGUGGAGACUGCUCUCCUGCUAAGUGUGGCAGGCGUCCGCUCUAUAAUGCUCAACCAGUGGCACACAAGUGUGGAGCAGAAUGCUAAAAGAUUGGACUUUCUCUCGGAGUAUCUGCUAGCUCUUGGCAAGACCACUGGGCAGACUAUACAAAGCCAGCGACAACUCAAGUUGGUGACUGUGAAGGGACAGUUACAUAAGUUUUUCUUGCCCUUCGCCUCUUGUCCCACCAUCGGCAAUGAAUUCAGCUACAACCAGUCUGCUGAGGAUUAUCAUUACCAUAUCCUACAACUAUUUGUCAGGAUCCUGAAGGAAAUCGAAUGA